AUGCCUCGAGAUACUCCAAAUCUCGUGUUGGACUUUGAUGGUACCAUUACGACAAAGGAUACAAUCGGCACAUUGGCAGAAAUCGGCCUCCAGUUCCAGCAGCAGCGCGGGGUCGAUCUCUCUUCGAAAUGGCAGCAAAUCCUGCUAGAUUACAGCAAAGACCAUGCCGACCAUGUGUCCACGUACAUUCCUAUCGCGGAUGACAGAUCCUCGCUCAAAGACGAGCUCGCCUUUUUGCGGGGUCUGAAGGAGGUUGAGAUGCGAUCAGUCCAGAGAGUUGAGAGCUCAGGUAUCUUCCGAGGCAUCAGCCGGGAACACCUUACGCUUGCUGGCGAAACUUGCCGAGAGGAAGGAAGGGUCAAGUUGAGGGAUGGUUUUGCGGAGCUCUUGAAAGUUGCUAAAGAGAAGGGCUGGUCCGUCGCUGUAGUCUCCGUCAACUGGUCUAGAUCAUUCAUUAAGGGUGUCCUCUCCGACUACCGCGUCGACAUUGUCGCUAAUGAGAUCGAGUUGGACGGAAGCAUCUCGGGACCGGAAGUUGAGGGCUCACCGACGGGCCAGCCGUCGCUGAUGACGUGCGAGGAUAAGCUGCGAGCCCUUCGAAGAUUGGCAGCUUGGCGAGGAAUAGAGGAUUUUGGGACGCUGGUGUACUUUGGUGACUCCACCACAGAUCUCGAGUGUCUUUUGGCAGCCCGAGGGGUUGUGAUAUCGUCCAAUGCCGAGUCCAGUUUGAUGAAGACUCUGAGAAGAAUAGGAUAUCAAGUGCCAAAGGUGGAGGAUGUUCGGGUGCCCGAAGGCAUGGCAUGGGCAUCGACUUUUGUGGAGGUUCUCGAAAGUGAAUACCUAUCUAUCAAGGAAUCCACAUAA